AUGGAUAGGUUAAGUCAUUUACAUGAUGAGCUUCUUUUGGAUAUAUUGUCGUUACUGCCUGCUAAAGAUGUUGUGGCCACAAUGGUUUUAUCAAAACGCUGGCGAUUUCUUUGGAGGAUGGUGCCAACGCUUGUGUACGAUGAUAGCUAUCAGAACACUGAUAAGGAAAGAUUUUAUACCUUUGUAGACAGGUCUUUGGUGUUGCACAAGGCUCCAGUUCUAGAUACUUUGCAUUUCAAACUCGGUAACAUCUUUGAUAGUGGACAUACUCUGGUUAGAGCUGCAUAUCAUAAAUCUUGUGUGCGUAAACUGGUUAUCGAGACCGAUACUUCUACUAGUAGUAGUCAACCUCCUGCAGUCAUGGUUCCGUGGAACUUGUAUAGUGGGGUUUGUACAAUGCUUGCGACCUUGAUACUACAUAACGUGGUUGUGAUGGCCUUUCCUACCCCAUUUUCUUUGCCCUCCCUAAAAAAGUUAAAGCUUAAACUCGUGAAGUUCGCAGGUAGUAAAGCUGUCAGCAAGCUUUUAACCAGUUGUCCUGUUCUUGAAGACUUGGGUUUGAAGGAAUGUUCAGGUGCCACCACUUGGAGCGUUAGAGUGCCAUCACUAAAGCGUUUAUCCUUAUUAGAAAAAAAAAACAAUGUUCUUCAUGAGUUUGUAAUAGAUGCUCCUUCUUUGGAAAGCUUGAAGAUUGUUGACUAUUCGCUUGGGUCUCGUAUCGUUGAGAGGAAUAUGAGUAGGAUCAUCACCGCAAGUAUCGACUUGUUUACUCCCCAAACAGAGCAGCUUAUGGGAUCACUAACUUCAGCCAAGAGUCUUUUUCUCUGCCUACCAAACUCAAAGGAUGCGUAUCCUGUUGGUAGAAAAUUCCACUCUCUUGUACAUUUAACUAUAUGCACAUGUGAGACAGACUGGUUGAAUGUACUGAUACGUGUGCUGAGGGAUUCCCCUAAUAUAAAAACUCUCAAAAUUCAACAGUACCAUGCAUUUCGGGAAGGUGAGCCGCGUCCGUGCUGGAAAGAAACGAGCUUGGUGCCUGAAUAUCUGUUACCUAGUCUUGAAACCUUUGAAUGGGUAAGAUAUCUAGGGACAGAAACAGAGAAAGAAAUAGUAGCAUUCAUCUUACGAAUCGCAAGCUGUUUAAAGCAAGCCACUAUUAAGUCCUCAAAACCUGUUGACCACGACAAGAAGCUUGAGAUGCUCAAGCAUUUUCCAGUAUCGUCUAGGCGUUCACCAGCUUGUCUGCUUGCUUUCAACUGGAGUGUUAUAUCUUAAUCUUAGAUAAGCAACUAGAAACA